AUGGCGAUUCGUUCCUUAGCGAGUAGAAAAACCCUAUCGGGCCUUAAACAGACAUCUUCGAGGCUUCUUGGUUUCCGAUCAAUCCAAACCUUCACGCUUCCUGAUCUCCCCUAUGAUUACAGCGCCUUGGAGCCGGCGAUAAGCGGCGAGAUUAUGCAGAUCCAUCACCAGAAACAUCACCAGGCUUAUGUAACUAAUUACAACAAUGCCCUCGAGCAGUUGGAUCAGGCUGUGAGCAAGGGAGACGCUUCUGCUGUCGUUAAGUUGCAGAGCGCCAUCAAGUUCAACGGUGGAGGUCAUGUGAAUCACUCGAUUUUCUGGAAGAAUCUUGCUCCUGUGAAGGAAGGUGGUGGAGAGCCACCAAAGGGAGCUCUUGGCGGAGCUAUUGACACUCACUUUGGCUCUCUUGAAGGUUUGGUGAAGAAGAUGAGUGCUGAAGGUGCUGCUUUGCAAGGCUCAGGAUGGGUGUGGCUCGGUUUAGACAAAGAGCUUAAGAAGCUUGUGGUUGACACAACCGCCAAUCAGGAUCCACUUGUGACAAAAGGAGGAAGCUUGGUUCCUUUGGUGGGUAUUGAUGUGUGGGAGCACGCCUACUAUUUGCAGUACAAGAAUGUGAGGCCGGAGUAUCUGAAGAAUGUGUGGAAAGUGAUCAACUGGAAAUACGCAAGCGAAGUUUAUGAGAAGGAAUGCAAGUGA